UCACGUGAGGGUGGGCGGUGGAGCCUGGUCUCGCCUGUUUCUUCGUCUCUAUGGUUUUCAGAGGUGGGCGGCUUUGACGGAGAAGCAGCUGGAGCUCCAGCGUGGACGGGAUGUUUCGUCUUAACUCUAUUUCUGCAUUAGCAGAGCUGGCAGUGGGCUCUCGAUGGUACCAUAGAGCAUCACAGCCCACCCAGAUCAGGCGACGGCUGAUGAUGGUGGCUUUUCUUGGAGCAUCUGCAGUAACUGCAAGUACUGGUCUCUUGUGGAAGAGGGCCCUUGCACAAUCUCCACCAUCUGUAAACAACCUAAAGAGUGAACUUGGUGAUAAAGGGAAGAGUAAAGAUGAAGGGGAAGAUUGUAACCACGAAAAAAAGGCUUCAGGUGUUUGUCUUGAGCCUUAUCCAGAAGAGAAAAAGAAGAAACGUUCUGGAUUCAGAGACAGAAAAGUGAUGGAAUAUGAGAAUAGGAUUCGCGCAUAUUCCACACCAGACAAAAUCUUCCGGUAUUUUGCCACCUUGAAAGUAAUCAGUGAGCAUGGUGAAUCUGAAGUGUUUAUGACACCACAAGAUUUUGUGCGAUCCAUAACACCCAAUGAAAAACAACCAGAACACUUGGGUCUGGAUCAAUAUACAAUAAAACGCUUUGAUGGGAAGAAAAUUGCCCAGGAACGAGAAAAAUUUGCUGAUGAAGGCAGUAUAUUUUACACCCUUGGAGAAUGUGGACUCAUAUCCUUUUCAGACUACAUUUUCCUUACGACUGUUCUUUCUACUCCUCAGAGAAAUUUUGAAAUUGCCUUCAAGAUGUUUGACUUGAAUGGAGAUGGAGAAGUAGACAUGGAGGAGUUUGAACAGGUUCAGAGCAUCAUUCGCUCCCAAACCAGCAUGGGAAUGCGUCACAGAGAUCGUUCUACAACUGGUAACACCCUCAAGUCUGGCUUGUGUUCAGCCCUCACAACCUACUUUUUUGGAGCUGAUCUCAAGGGGAAGCUGACAAUCAAAAACUUCCUUGAAUUUCAGCGUAAACUUCAGCACGAUGUUCUGAAGCUGGAAUUUGAACGCCAUGACCCUGUGGAUGGGAGAAUCACCGAGAGGCAGUUUGGUGGCAUGCUGCUGGCCUACAGUGGGGUGCAGUCCAAGAAGUUGACUGCCAUGCAGAAGCAGCUCAAGAAGCACUUCAAAGAGGGAAAGGGUCUGACAUUUCCAGAAGUGGAGAACUUUUUUACUUUCCUAAAGAACAUUAAUGAUGUAGACACUGCAUUGAGCUUUUACCAUAUGGCUGGGGCAUCUCUUGAUAAAGUGACCAUGCAGCAGGUGGCCAGGACAGUGGCUAAAGUGGAGCUCUCAGAUCAUGUGUGUGAUGUCGUGUUUGCGCUCUUUGACUGUGAUGGCAACGGAGAGCUGAGCAAUAAGGAAUUUGUUUCUAUCAUGAAGCAACGGCUGAUGAGAGGCCUGGAGAAGCCCAAAGACAUGGGCUUCACCCGCCUCAUGCAGGCCAUGUGGAAAUGUGCACAGGAAACUGCCUGGGACUUCGCUUUGCCCAAACAGUAACCCAGAACUGCACGAGGAGCCGCGCCUCCAGGCCAGGCACCCUGGCCCCUUGGGCAGAGCCUUGGCACAGUCCUCCCUGCUGCUGCUUCCGGAAGAAGUGCUCCCCUCCUCCUGGGAAUGAUCUCAGGACUCAUCAAGUUUCCCCUCUCCCAGUGUUCCGCUAGGCCCUGGUUCUAAACCAGUGAUUCUCCCUAGAGGUCCUCAAAAACAUGAGCAGGUCCUAAAAGCGCAGACCUUUGGCACGUUCGACAGUACUACCUAUUCAAGCACCCUACAGACAAAGAAUGCAGGAACCAUCCAUGUACCUGCCAACCCUGGGAAACACCCAUUUCUUGAGUCAUCUUGGUGUGGAUUUAUAUUAACAAGAACAUUCCUUGCUUCUCCUCCUGCUGGUGUUUUUUAAGCUACAAAUUGGGAAAACCUCUGGCAGAAAAAGGAAAUCAGUGAUGAAUGAUAACGAGGAUGACCCAGGCACCCUGAGCUGGUGGGAAGCCUGGGCCAGAGGAAGGAUUUGUGUCAGUCUCCAGGGUGGCUCUGAGGUGAUGUGCCCAGUGGGAAUGGAGCGAGAUUAGGAAUUUAAAGUAGCUGCUGCAUGGCUCUCUCCACUCCCUUCUUUUCCUCUCAGGCUCCCUAAGAGGACUCCAGCACGACUGUGCUUAUUAAAUGAGCAGCAGUGAUUAAGCUCAUGGCCCCUGCGAGUGCCAUUUCCCCUCCAGGCGUGUGCGAGUGCCAUUUCCCCUCCAGGCGUGUGCCUCUGAAGCUGAGUCCUGGCUCAGAGCCUGUCUGCCCUGUCUUAAACACUUGUAAAAUAGCACUUUAAUUGUAACAGUUUGCAGUAAAGCCCCACCACCAUCACCAAA